GCCACCAUUGCUCCCCGCGCCGGGCUCUGUGUCGCUGCCGUCGCUUCGGCGGUUGGGGGUCGGUGGGGCGGCGCGAGCGGGGGGCGCUGCGCGGGGCUGCUGUUUUGUUUCCCCUUUUCCCAGUGGAGCGGCUUGAGCUGCUGGGGAGGCCCCGGCUCCCUUGGGACGCCUGGCCAACUGCGGCGGCGGCGGCGGCGGCUGCUAGUCCGCGGCCCUGCCAGGAGGGUACGCGACGCUGUGGUCUCAGGCUCCGCGGAGAGCAGGUUCUCUGAUUAAUCAUCUUUAGAAGACUGGAUUUCUGGAUAUCUAUUCCACUCCACCUCUGUUGAUUUUUAAAACAUGAUAACGCAAACCUGUAACACUGGCAAUCAUCCAUGAACCUUUAAUUACAUUGGCUAAUAGCAUUUGAAGCUUCCUCAGGGAAUAAACAAUGACAUCAGCAGUGAUUGACAGUGGAGGUUCUAUUUUGGAGCUUUCCAGCAAUGGAGUAGAAAAUCAAGAGGAAAGUGGAAAGGUUUCUGAAUAUCCAGCAGUGAUUGUGGAGCCAGUUCCAAGUGCCAGAUUAGAGCAGGGCUAUGCAGCCCAGGUUCUGGUUUAUGAUGAUGAGACUUACAUGAUGCAAGAUGUGGCAGAAGAACAAGAAGUUGAGACCGAGAAUGUGGAAACAGUGGAAGCAUCAGUUCAUAGCAGUAAUGCACACUGUACAGAUAAGACAAUUGAAGCUGCGGAAGCCUUGCUUCAUAUGGAAUCUCCUACCUGCUUGAGGGAUUCAAGAAGUCCUGUGGAAGUGUUUGUCCCUCCUUGUGUAUCAACUCCAGAAUUUAUCCACGCUGCUAUGAGGCCAGAUGUCAUUACUGAAACUGUGGUGGAGGUGUCAACUGAAGAGCCUGAACCAAUGGAUACCUCUCCUAUUCCUACAUCACCGGGUAGCCAUGAGCCAAUGAGAAAGAAAAAAGGUGGAGUGUAUUUACAGAUUGCUGGGAAAGCAGUUGGCCGUAAACCAAAGACUCAGCAAUCACCAAUUUCCAAUGGGUCUCCUGAGUUAGGUAUAAAGAAGAAACCCAGAGAAGGAAAAGGAAACACAACCUAUUUGUGGGAGUUUCUUUUAGAUCUACUUCAAGAUAAAAAUACUUGUCCCCGGUAUAUUAAGUGGACUCAGAGAGAAAAAGGCAUAUUCAAGCUUGUGGAUUCAAAGGCUGUCUCUAAGCUUUGGGGAAAGCAUAAGAACAAGCCAGACAUGAACUAUGAGACUAUGGGGCGAGCUCUGAGAUAUUAUUACCAAAGGGGUAUUCUUGCAAAAGUUGAAGGACAGAGGCUUGUGUAUCAGUUCAAGGAUAUGCCCAAAAACAUAGUGGUGAUAGAUGAUGACAAAAGUGAAACCUGUAAUGAAGAUUUAGCAGCAGCUACUGAUGAAAAAUCAUUAGAACGAGUGUCACUGUCUGCAGAAAAUCUCCUGAAAGCAGCAACCUCUGUUCGUAGUGGGAAAAACUCCUCUCCUCUCAACUGCUCCAGGGCAGGGAAGGGUGUAGCUGGAGUCGUGAAUGUCACUUCCCCUGGUCAUGAUGCUUCAUCUAGGUCUCCUGCUACUACCACAUCUGUAUCAGCAACAGCAACUCCCAGGACAGUUCGUGUGGCAAUGCAAGUACCUGUUGUAAUGACAUCAUUGGGUCAGAAAAUUUCAACUGUGGCAGUUCAGUCAGUUAAUGCAGGUGCACCGUUAAUAACCAGCACUAGUCCAACAACAGCAACUUCUCCCAAGGUAGUUAUUCAGACAAUCCCUACUGUGGUGCCAGCUUCUACUGAAAAUGGAGACAAAAUCACCAUGCAGCCUGCCAAAAUUAUUACCAUCCCAGCUACACAACUUGCACAGUGUCAACUGCAGACCAAGUCAAACCUGACAGGCUCAGGAAGCAUUAACAUUGUUGGAACCCCACUGGCUGUGAGAGCACUUACUCCUGUGUCAAUAGCCCAUGGUACACCUGUAAUGAGACUAUCAGUGCCUACUCAGCAGGCAUCUGGCCAGACUCCUUCCCGAGUUAUCAGUGCUGUCAUAAAAGGGCCAGAGGGUAAAUCAGAAGCAGUGACAAAAAAGCAGGAACAUGAUGUGAAAACCUUGCAGCUGGUACAAGAAGAAAAACCAGCAGAUGGAAAUAAGACAGUGACCCACGUAGUGGUUGUCAGUGCGCCUUCAGCUAUUGCCCUUCCUGUGACGAUGAAAACGGAAGGACUGGUGACGUGCGAGAAAUGAAAUAGCAGCUCUGCCAUGAACUUGAGACUUUUAGUACUAACAUAAAUACUUGCAAGGGAUGUCAUCUAGAAAAGUCAAAAGAAGACUUUAACAUUUUAAUGCAUAUAAGAAAACAAUCAAACUUACUGGAAAUAAAUUACCUAUCCCAUGUUUCAGUGGGAAAUGAACUACAUACUGAGAUGCUGACAGAAAACUGCCUCUUACAGUAGGAAACAACUGAACCUGUCUACAAGAAAAAGGAUUGAAAGGGACCAAACACCUCACUACAGUAUCAAGUUACACUAAGAUUUGGAACACUAACAGUCUUGUAAGAGGUUAUGUAGUUUUCAGUGGGGAGGGGUUGGGAUGGGUGAUCUUAUUGUUACAUAUAGCAAUUUUUGAUGCAUUUUAUAUGCAUACCAGCAAUUAUGACUGUGUUCACACAGAACUCACUUAACUGGUGCUAUGUGAAGACUCUGCUAAUAUAGGUUUUUUAGAAUGUGAAUUGAAGAAUGGAUCCAAAAGCUUCAGAAAGAGGAUAGCAAAAAAGAUCUAGUGUGAUUUUUUUUUAUAUCAUAUAGCUUAAGCUGAUUUAAAACAAAGGCCUUAGACUAAUUUUCGGUUUUCUUUAUUGAAAUGAGCUAAUGGCUUGUUUGUGUAAAGCUUUUUUAUUAAAAGAAAAAUUUUAAAAAUCUUGUACCUAGCACAGUAUUGUUAUAGAAUUUACAUGUAACAUUUUAUAUGGUAGUUUAAGUCUGUCGGUUUCCUAAUUGUGGACAAAUUAAGAGUUGGCUCUGGCCUUUUGCUAUAACAUGCCUGUGUCACUCACUUAGCCCUGGCAUCUGUGCAGACAUAAUCAGUUUCAGUUCUACUGUCACUUCGAAGUUCAGGCUCAGCAUGAAUUUUUGUCAGGUAGCUCUAAUACCUAGAGUUUUCUUUCUUUUUUUUUUUAAGUUGAAGUUUUAAGAGGGAAAGUACCAGUGUUCAGAUUUGAACUAUAAUAGUUUGUAUAUUCAACAUUUGAAGUAUAUUCUAUUUUGUUGUACUCUUGUUUCAAAGUGUAUUCAAGUAGGUUUUCUGAAAUAUAGAAGUGAAAUUUA